AUGACUAGCGGUACCCCACCCUACGGCCGAUCAUCCCAGCAGCCGACGUUGCUGUACAGAGUGGGGGGAAACAUCCAACAUCGCUGGGCAGGGGGAGGGGAUCCUCCCAAAGCCAACUUUGCUGCGCAGAGGGAGGAGGUCCUCCGAGCAUCAGGCCUCAUCCCUGCACAGAGGGAUGGGAUCCUCCAAUCAACCAGUGUCCCUGCACAGAGGGAAGGGAUUCUCCCAGCAGUCAUCAUCACUGCACAGAGGGAGUUGAUCCUCCUGAUGGCCAGUGUCACUGCGCAAAGGGAGGGAAUCUUCCCAACAGCCAGCGUCCCUGCUCACAGGGAGUGGAUCUUCCCAAAGGCCAGUGUUCCUGCACAGAGGGAGGGGAUCCUCCCCACAGCCAGCGUCCCUGUGGAGAAUGGAAACAAUCAUCCACAACCACCUCCCAUCAUCCCCAUGUUGGCACCACUGUGGAAAUGGGAUGGUGGAGUGUGUACUCCACCUGUGGAUUUCUAUUCCAAGAGAAGAGAUGUCCGGCUUAGAUAUGUUGAGCAUCCUGCUAUGAUGUCCAUCACCAAGCCAGAACACUCCGAGGCCAACCCUCAGUGCCAGACUGGCAGCCGGCCGGUGGCUGAGCCCGAGACCCCUGCUGUUCACAAGAACAGUGGAAGCUGGCUCAGCUGGGUCUUUGGGAGUGGAAAAGUUAAUAAGAAGGAGGUUCAUCUACCUGAGGACAAAGACAGAUCUAUUGUCUGGGAUCCAACUCUGCACAGAUGGGUUGACAAAACUGAGCCCAAGGCUGAGGUAUACACUUAAAUUACAUUCAAUAAAAAGCAGUGAAAGACC